AUGGAGUCGCCAAGCCUGCCUCUACUUCAGGCCUGCAGGGAGCCACCAAAGGGAGCCUGGGAAGCAGAGGUACAGGCUGCGAGAGCAACCAGCCUCUUUCCUGGUGUAGCCGAGGGCUCGGCCCCGCCAUGGCACUUUGCACAGGCCCUGGUAACACACUGGCCGCGUCACAGUGGACAGCAGGCAGCUGAGGGCUCUCCUGACCGUACUUGGCCCGCAGCAGCUGUGUCACAGCAGCGCCCUGUGACACGGCCACCCAAGAUGGGCUCAAAAGAGUGGUGCGGCUCUGGAAGGUCCCAGGUUGGGAGGCAGCACCUCCGAGCAACCUGGGCAGGUGAGGUGAGGGGUGAGGAGGGAAAGGAGGGGAGGCAGGGGCUGGCCCAGUGUGCCGGGGGUGGAGCGAGUGCCCCUGCCUCAGGGCUCUAUCAUCGCAUGCUGCCAACUCACCCUGGUCCCUCAGGGUCAGCAGAGCAGCGUGUGGAAGAGAAACCCCGGCGCUGCGAUCACCAGGGCUCUCCAGAGUGCUCAGUCGACCGGCCUUGCAUUCACGAUGAAGUGCAAGGCUCCCGACUCGAGGGAGAAUGUGAGAGGGGGGUGGCCAUCAGCUGCCAGGGGAAGGGCUGCAGCCGCAGCUUCCAUCUGCCCUGCACAUCUGAGCACAGCUGCGUCACUCAGUUUUUCAAGGAGUUCAGCUCCUUCUGCUGGGAGCACCGCCCAGAGCAGGCAGUACAGGUGCAUCCCGAUGUGGAGACCACCUGCAUCAUCUGCCUGGAGCCCGUGGGUGACAAAAUAUCCCACAACACUAUGGCGUGCCCAGCGUGCAAAGGCACCUGGUUCCACCGGGGCUGCAUCCGGGGACAGGUAGUCCCUGACAGCAGGUCGUGCUUCCACUGCCCCCACUGCAAUAAUACGUGGAGAUUUCUCCCAGAAAUGUUAAAAAUGGGCAUCCUUGUCCCAAGCAGAACACCAGCCUGGGAGGAAGACACGGGCUGUGAAGAACUAUACCAGAGGCACAGCUGGUGUGAUGCCAGCCAGUGCCUUUCUAGGCAAGGCAGGCAGCAGGCGGAGGAGAGGGGGCCCUGGGAGCUGCUGCUGUGCUCCUCCUGUGCCUCCAAAGGGACUCAUCGGCGCUGCUCAGCCCUGGGGACUGGCAGCGACAGCUGGGAAUGUGACGAGUGUGCCGGCCUGGGCCCUGCCUCCACUGUGGAGUCAGAGCUGGCCGGUGCCGGCACCAGCACCAGCAGCCAGCCACAAUUGGCAUCGUCUUGCAGCUCCCCAGCUCCUCAGAGCAGCAGCCGGUCAGGCCAGACGGGGCCAGACUGA